CCCCCGAGGGCCGUCCCAGAGGCCCCCGCGCCGCCGGGGUCCUAGCAGGCAGCGCCGCCUGCCGCCUGCCGCCGCACGUGCCUGCAGCGCGAUGCCCAAAUCCAAGCGCGACAAGAAAGUUUCCUUAACCAAAACUGCCAAGAAAGGCUUAGAACUGAAACAGAACCUGAUAGAAGAGCUUCGGAAAUGUGUGGACACAUACAAGUACCUUUUCAUCUUCUCCGUGGCCAACAUGAGGAACAGCAAGCUGAAGGACAUCCGGAACGCCUGGAAGCACAGCCGGAUGUUCUUUGGCAAAAACAAGGUGAUGAUGGUGGCCUUGGGUCGAAGCCCAGCUGACGAGUACAAAGACAACCUGCAUCAGGUCAGCAAGAAGUUGAAGGGUGAGGUCGGCCUGCUUUUCACCAACCGCACCAAGGAGGAAGUGAAUGAGUGGUUUACAAAAUACACGGAAAUGGACUUCGCUCGAGCAGGAAACAAAGCAACUUUCACCGUGACCCUGGACCCAGGGCCCCUGGAGCAGUUCCCCCACUCCAUGGAGCCACAGCUGAGGCAGCUGGGCCUGCCCACUGCCCUCAAGAGAGGUGUGGUGACCCUGCUGUCCGACCACGAGGUGUGCAAGGAGGGUGAUGUGCUGACCCCAGAGCAGGCCCGCGUGCUGAAGCUUUUCGGGUAUGAGAUGGCUGAAUUCAAAGUUACCAUCAGAUACAUGUGGGAUGCACAGUCUGGAAGGUUCCAGCAGAUGGGAGAGGACUUGCCCGAGAGUGCCUCGGAGUCUGCGGAGGAAGAAUCCGAAGGGGAGGACGAUGGCUGACAGGCCCUGGACCAGGACUGAGGGGCGCCACCCACUGGGCAAACAGCAGGGAGGGCGAGGGACGGACUGCUUUUCUGUAAGGAAUAAAGCUGUCUGCAGGGUGGCUCCCGUGGACAGCAAAGAGAGAACUUUUCCUAGGAAAAAGGCCUCAGCUUUGGGCUUUUGUUUUGA